AUGUGUUCUCAGACUCAGAGUACCCACGCCACUUUACCAGAUACUGGUAUUGGCCAUGAAGACGACGUCGUCUCAGUAGUCUCCGGAUCAGAAACUGAAGACACCCAUGCCUAUCGAUCAGCGUCGGUGGUGGCCGGUGUUCCGGUGGCAGUCCACGAGAAAUUGGUUUUCCAAGUGAAGGGUCUUCAAGAGACCCUGAAGAAGACCUAUUGCAUGCUUGAUGCGAUGCAGAGCCGCCUUCAGGCUAUGGAGCGAGCUCAAACUCGGAGCGAAGCUCAGUUGGACUUUCUUAUUCGCUUGCAGCAAACCGGGUCACCGCCCUCUUCGUCGGCGCCAGUGCCUUAA